AUGGCCUCCACAACAGAUACAGUGUUGAUUUCAGACCCUAAAGAGCAUACAUGGGUUGUUGAAAUUGACGGCAUUUUUAAUAAUCAGCUCAAAAUUGAUGAUGAAUCCCCUUCUGUUUCAAUAUUCAAAUUACCUGAAACUAUAACCCAAACAAAACCCGAGGCGUAUGAACCACAGCAGAUCGGGCUAGGUCCGAUCCAUCACUUUCGACAGUGGCCAUACAAGAAGAUGGAGCAGAAAAAACUUGCAGUCAUGAGAGACACCCUACAAUCUUUCGGUGUUAAGAAUUAUGACAGCUUUGUCAAUGAUGUUCGAAACUUUGUCCCCAGUGUUCGUUCAUGUUAUGACAUGUUCCUAGAAGAUGAUGAUGAAUCAUUGGCUAGGAUUUUUGCCAUUGAUUGUUUCUUCUUGUUUAAUCUGUUCGGUAACUAUAAUAAUCCACUAUCUGAGCAUAUACCUUUUUUAUUGAACAAAGCAUUUGAAACUAGACAAUCCCUUGAAGAUGUUAUAAAGAAGACUUUCUAUCCAGAUGGACAGAUUCCAGAGGCUGUGGACAAUCAAAAUAGGUGGGAAUUGUUACGUGAAGGUCCUCAUAGGCAAAAUCUAGUUUAUGAUGCAAAGAAAAGAAUGGUGGCAAAAGAUAUAUUGAUGGUAGAGAAUCAAAUUCCGGUUAUGGUGUUGAAGUUUGUCGUCGAUUGUUUCAAUGUUUCAUCACCUAGUUCCUCCAGUUCAGUCGAUGACUUUUCACCUUCCGUGUUUCGAGUCUUUUGUGAGAUCCAUUCACCACUUAAGUUGUGUUCGAAGUCACAAGCUCCUUCUAGUGUAGACCACCUUCUCCAUUAUAUGUAUUAUUCAAUUGUAAACAACGUCAAACUCUCUGAUGAACCUCCCAAAGAUGAUCAGCGUUACAAAUUUCCUAAGCCUGAGACACCAAUUGAUUAUCAGCCCGACAAAGUUCCUACGAAGACACCAACUGCAGGAAAUCUUCCGAAUAUCAAUUCAAAAAUUCCACAGAAAGAGAUUGUUCAAGCAUAUUUACAAACUGUCUCCUUUCUAGAAGCUUUCUCGAAAAGUAAAACUCUCAUCCCUCCUGCUUCAGAACUUCAUUGUAAAGCUGGGUUCCAUUUUCACAGCCUAGAAGAAAACGAAGGAAUUCAAGAUAUACGCAUCGACGGGAAAAAUAUUUACCUGCCAACACUUACUUUGAAUACAGACUCUGAAGUCAUAUUAAGAAAUUUGGUUGCUUACGAGACAGUGACGGCCAACUCGGAUAGUUUCCCACUUAGUGAAUACAUGGAUUUAAUGUGUGGGCUCGUCACUAAUAAGGAUGAUGCCACUUACCUCAAAAGUCAAAAUGUUAUCAUAGGUGACAUGGGUGCGGCUAAAGUUGCCAGACUCUUCAAAGGGAUGAGCGGCUCUACAUCGACAAUGAAAACCAAAGGGAAAUCCAAGUUGCGGCUAGUGAUAGAUGAAAUAAACAAAGUUUAUGAGAGCCGACUAAGGACGAAGAUAUAUUUGCUCUUGAAGAAGCUAGCACUUUGGUUGCUACUAGUUUUAACGACUAUCGGCAGUUUUGUUGAAUAUUCAUGGAAGAUUGUAGCGUUCAUGGUUAGCAUUAUUACUGUGUUCAUGUUAACAUGGCAAUCUUAUUGUGACUUUUAUGGUUGCGAUAAAAACACAGUUACAAUGUUGCCGUACGCUUCUAGCUAG